AGAGGGGGAUCGGUUCCAGUUGAUAUAAGCCUGGAUGAAGAGAGGGAGGAAAUAACUUAAUUGCUUUAGUUCAGCUGGAGUGGAGAGGAAAGAAUCAGUGUCCCUUUUUUUGGAAUUCAGCAAGAAGGUCGUGUUGUUGGUGAGGACAGAUCCCCUGCAGGUUCUGUGGAGGGGCGAUGCCGGCCGGCGGCCGGGCGCUGCUGGCGCUGCUGGGGCUCCCGGCGCUGCUGGCGCUGGGCUGCGCCGCCCACACCGACACCGAGCCCGAGCCCGAGGGCGGCCCGGCCCCGCGGCCCGGCCCCGCCUGCCCCCGCGACUGCGGCUGCACCCAGGAGGGCGUCGUGGACUGCGGCGGCAUCGACCUCAAGGAGUUCCCGCUGCUGCUGCCCGAGCUCACCAACCACCUGUCCCUGCAGAAUAACCAAAUAGAAGAAAUCUUUCCAGAAGAACUUGCUCGUCUUUACAGACUGGAAACUCUCAAUCUGCAAAACAACAGGCUGACUUCAAAAGGGUUGCCAGAGGAAGCAUUUGAACAUCUGGAGAACCUGAAUUACCUGUACCUAGCAAACAAUAAGCUAACAGUGGCUCCAAAAUUCCUCCCAAAUGCCUUGAUCAGUGCAGAUUUUGCAGCCAAUUAUCUCACUAAGAUAUAUGGGCUCACAUUUGGACAGAAACCAAAAUUGAGAUCUGUGUAUCUUCAUAACAACAAACUUUCAGAUGCUGGGUUACCUGAUAACAUGUUCAAUGGCUCUGCUAAUGUGGAGAUACUCAUCAUGUCCAGCAAUUUCUUGAAGUAUGUUCCAAAGAAUCUCCCUCCAGCACUGUAUAAAUUACACUUACAGAGCAACAAGCUGGAGAAGAUUCCCAAAGGAGCCUUCAGUGAACUCACAGGUCUGCGGGAGCUGUACUUACAGAACAACUACUUGUCUAAUGAAGGAAUGGACAACGAAACUUUCUGGAAAUUGUCCAGUCUUGAAUACCUGGAUUUGUCCAGCAAUAACCUCUCACAAAUCCCAAGUGGUUUACCUCGAAACAUCGUCCUCCUCCACCUGGAGAAGAAUGCAAUUAAGGUGAUUGACAGAGAUGUGUUAACCCAAAUUAAGAACCUGGAGUACCUUCUGCUCCACAAUAACAAAUUAAAAGCCCGAGGGAUUCACCCAUUAGCCUUCCAGGGCUUAAAAAAGCUGCACACUGUCCACCUGUACAACAACAUGCUGGAAAGGAUUCCCAGUGGGCUGCCCCGGCGUGUGAAAACACUUAUGAUCCUUCAUAACCAGAUCUCUGAGAUCAACAGGAAUGACUUUGCUACCACUUACUUCCUUGAAGAGCUGAACCUGAGCUACAACAAGCUCAAAAGUCCCCAGAUCCAUCGGGAGGCCUUCCGUAAGCUGAGGCAACUAAAGUCCUUGGAUCUUUCUGGAAACAAUCUCCACACAGUCCCCUUUGGCUUUCCAAAGAACUUGCAGGUCCUGAAGCUGAAGGAAAACGAGAUAAGCAUCAUCCCAAAAGGGACUUUGUCUGGGAUGACAAAACUGCGGGAACUGUAUUUGAGCAACAAUAAACUGAAAGUAAAUUCAAUUUAUUCAAGAGCUUGGAGAGAACUCAGCAGUCUCCAGUCACUAGACAUGGCUGGCAACCAGCUGACAUCCAUCCCAUUGGGCCUGCCGGAAUCUCUGGAAUAUCUGUAUCUCCAGAACAACAAGAUCACAACGGUUUCAGAGCAUGCUUUUGAAUCCACACCCAAAAUAAAGGGGAUUUACCUCAGGUUUAAUAAGAUUGCAGUUGGAGCACUGAAAGAAAGUACCUUCCAAAACCUAAAGCACUUACAGGUACUGGAUAUUGAAGGGAACCUUGAAUUCAGCAACAGUUCAAAGAAUCAGGAUGAUUCAGAAGAGGAAAUGGAAGAUGAGGAAGAGGAAGAAGAACUGAGAUAAAAUGUGAACUCACACUAUCACACCAUGUGGGAGGAAAACAUAUGGAAAAUUACAUAUAUGUCUAUGUGUAUAUAUCUAUAUAGAUAUACAGAGAACACUUAGCAGAACGUGCAAUGAAUUACGCAGAAACUGUUGUGGCACUGAGCCAGGCUCAUGGAAGACAGUGUGUUACAGUGCCUUAUUCAGGGAAAGACCCUGAAUGCCUUUCCAAAGCUUCCAAAUCAUCUUAUACAAGACCCAGGAUCAUAAGGGAUUGCUCGGGAACUCACAAAAGCUGGCUUUUGUUUCUUCUGUUUCUCUUCCUUCACUGUUUCCAUCUGUAAUAUGGGACUGUUUUCAACACAUGCCUUCAAAUGCCAUUUUUGUUGCUGCAUUUUAAGUGAACCAUGUAUAAGCUUCUUUUCCUCCACCCAAAGAAGCUGUUGCUGAUCAGGCAAGAUGAAUAUUUGCAGUAGUUUCAUGUGUGGAGCAGUGUAUGAGGCAUUUUGGUCAUCAAGCAACACUAAUAAUUCUGGAUGCAACUAUUCCUCUGUUAUAACAAUGUGUAUAUUUGGAUGAGAAAAACAAAAUAAGGCUGGAUCCCAUAAUAUUUUAUCUCUACUGCCAAAGCCUGCAGUAUAUUCCUGUUUUAGAAAGGUUUUAAGAUAAAACUAUUGCUCUUGUGAAUAUAUAUAUAUAUAAAAUCUGUAUGUCUGCCUUCCAGAGCUUUGCUAAAGUUUCUGUUUGCUCUUGUAUGCCCAUGUGGCAGUUGUGUGAAUGUCCCUAAAGGUAUGAUCAGAGGAUGGAGUGACAGUGUGAAGUGUAAUAUAUGUGGUUGAAUUUUUUACAUAGUAUAUCUUAUUCUCAUUGAGAGUCAGGAGUGAGACUAGUGAUGUAAAAGAGAUAAGUGAGCGUGGGCUGUCUUGGGAGAAAACUGUUAAGUGUCAAGAGAAAUUUGUUUAGUUCAAGUCUGGAGACAGUGCCUGGUGUUGUACUCAAAACCUCACCUAUUUUAUGGUGUCGAGUACUUUCAGCUCCUGUUGGAGUCAUGGAAAAUAAGGAAACCAAUGAAAAGAAGACCCACAGAGGUACAAGUUUCUUAGUUGAUUAUAAUGUCCUUCAUCUGAGGCAGUUAAUCUGCAUGAGGAAAUGGUCUUUUCUUUUGAGGAUUUCUGAUUGAACACAUGUUGUUUUGCAUACUGCAUUCCAGGAUUUACUUGGAAACACAGUUGGCUCAAUUUUUUACCAGCUGUUUUCCUGCUGGAGAUCUAGUUCCACACUCUCCCUUUGGUUCCCAUAGCACAUGACAGUAAUUUCAAGCUGUUUCCUACCUUAGACAAUUCAACAAAAUCAUCAAUCAUAGAAGGAAAGAUUUCUUCCUGAAAAAAAUAAAAGCUUGGCCCUAAGAACUGCAAACCCCCAUAUUUUUGAAUAGCAGCUAUACAGCUGAGCAAUAAAAUAGCCUUCCUGACUGCUGGGAUAGAUUUCUACAUAAAAUGUUUACAGAAGUAGCUCAAGUCAACUAACUAUCUCCAGCAAACACCAGUGGAAGUUUUGUUAGUCUUUGGUGAAACAGAGCAAUUGAUUAAACUCCUGAACAAGCUGAGAA